UCCCCUUCCAACCCAAACCGUUCUGUGGUUCUGGAUCUGUAUUCCAUAUUCCCCAGACUGGGGAGCUGGGCCUGCCGGGCAGCUGCUUGCUGCUGUCACGGCGUGCUGGGGUCGCGGUGAUUUCCACACGGGCUGGAAACAUUUUGUGUGGUAGUGCUGGAUGGAGGAGCUGCCCCAAGGGGCUCUGUGCUCCACCCCUGUGUUAGGCACGCCAAGGAACUGAAGUGAAAGAUGGGUUUGAGCCUUGGGAUUUCUAUCCCUCAGGGGAACAGAAGGUGGCAAAAAUGCACAUGAGAGAUGUAUUUCGGUUUUGGGACAUGGAGGAGCCAAAAGUAAAUGGAAGGAUGAGGCUGGUGGGAUAGCCAACUUGUGCAGCUAGCCCUGUAAAGGCCUUUGGGCGCUGAUGGGGAGUGCUGCAGGCAAGAAUCAGGGAGCCUCUUCCUGCCAGGUGCUAGAUGUGCCCCAGACUUGGGGUGCAACUUGCAUCUCAUCGUGCACCUUCUGCUGUCCUGCCCUGAGUGUUUACACCAGCAUGGUCUGGUACAGCCGUGAGGAGGGGGUGCCCCUUCUCCUUGGCCUCUUGCUCCCUCUCCUCUGGCCAGUGAAAAUGUUUGUGCAGUCCCAGCACAAAUGAGCUGGGUUGGGAAGCUGAUCUUGGGCCAGAGCAGUUUUGCUCUGGCUGGUCUCUGGAUCCCACAACCACACUGGUGCUCUCGCUGGCACAAAGGCAAGGGGAGCGGAAGACAGGGAGGCACCUCCUCCUCCAGCAACAGCAUGGCCGGACCCCCCUGGCUUGCAGGAUUGAGUAAGGGUUUGUAGGAGUGCCCAGCUCAUCAGGUGCUUCCCACAGGUUCACUUGGCAUCCAGCCAGGGCAGCCUUUCGCCGUCUCUCCCCUGCAGUGACUCCUGCUGUGCCAACAGGAGUGGUGCCAAAACCUCGGUGCCCCUGCACACCCGGGGGCCAAACGUCCUUCCUGGAUGUGUGUUCCCUGGUGGCAGAAAGGCUCCCAUUCACCUGUUCUAAUCCCUGAAUAACCUCUCCCAAAACCCCGAGGUGCCUGCAGUGGCCUCAGGCUGCCAUCAGUCUGGCAGCUGGAAUUGGGCAGAGCUCCAACUCCCUUGGUUCUUGCCUGCCAUGAGGAAUAACUGUCGGUGAAGGACCCGAGGGAGCAGAGCACUCAGUGAGGCAUGAGAGCAGCAGGCUUCUCCUGGGAGAGUGACAAGCAGGCACGCAACCCUGUCUCUUCUGCUCACCUCUUCUUGGGUAGAGGCCUGUCCUUUCUCAGCCUCCAAGACCCUCCUCAGGGGUCACGCUGCCCAGCAGUUACCCUAUUCCACCCCUUUGGGAGUGCAGAAAGGAGGUGAUGGAGCCUCACUUGGCCCUGCACAGAGCAGUCAGUGCUGCUUGUCUCCCAUUCCUCCUGAGGUUUUCACCCGAGAUGCAAAAGAAAUACAGCAAAAAAUGCUUUCCCAUGUUUGCCAAGCCCAGGUUACCUUCCUCAGCUCCAGGAAGCAUCUCUAGCCAACCUGUUUGGGUGUCUCUGGGGACUGGAGCUGAAUGGCAGCAUGCAGCUGGCAUCAGAGUCCCAGGCUGGCAAAUCACAGCCAUAUUCCCUGCUAGGGGGGCCCUUUCCCAUUCCUUCUGCAGUCAGAAGUGCUUCUGCAUCCCGGGGAGACGCAGCCUGUGUAGCAGCUUGAGGGUGAUGCUGCUCUCCUCCCACACUCUUUCAAGCUCUUUGGGACUGAUGCUGGGCCCUUCUCAGCAUCCCAGUCUCCAGGUGAUUUUGGGUGGCAGGAAUUUGUGCCUGGUGGUUGGGCUGCACUCAGCUUUUCACUUGUGGCUCUUCGUUGUGGUGGCAGGUUGGCCCGAAGUGAAGCAGUUUGGGCGCAGUGCCUGUUGUGGGACUGACUUUGCCGGAGCUGAGGGCAGGACAGGACUGCUUUUCUCUCUGGGGUCCCUCGUAGUCUGUGGCUACAACUCCACAUUUGUGGCUACUUGUUGCUCCAAACGUUUCUAGAACACAAAUGCCCUGGCAACAUGGGGCGGCAGCACAGAGCUGGCAUUUUCCUCCCUCUGACCGAGCACCUCCCUCGGACGUGCCCCCCUGCCCCCGCCUGUGCCCAUGUGGAGCGUGAGGUCAGUGCUGGGUACAGGGGUGAAGGCAGAACAGGGUGUUCCCCAGGGCAUGGCUUGCCUCCCGCAGUGGGAGGCUCAGUGGAGCUGGGCUAGACCGAGAUGCCACGGGGCUCAGCUCCGUGUCCUGAGAUGGGAGCGUGGCCGUGGGAGGUGUGUGAAUCAGCGCGCCGGGGCUGCGGCAGGCUGCCGGCACCCGGGGGUGGGCACGAUCCGCGCGGCGGGGCCCGUCUCCCUGCAGCAAACCCUGCAGGCUGGUGAGCGCUGCCAGGGCGUGCAGCUGGGGCAGCGAGGGAGGAAACCUUCCCAGCUUUCUGCUUUCACCACCUCCACGGAGGAACCUUGAAUGGGACUGUUUUCGAUGGGUUGUUCCAGCUCUCCCGUGUCCAAGCCGUGGACACCUGAGGGUGAAACUGCUGAGCGAAACAGACCAGUCCUUGGGCCGGCAGCUCCCAAACACCGCAGGGGAGCUGGCUUUGCAGGGAGAGCGUGUCUGAGGGGGCAGGGGUGAGCGCCCUGCGUGCCCUGCCCAGCCUGACCUAUCCCUGGGGCACAAGGAGCAGAGGUGUCCUGUUUCCAGGCCAGGCCCCGCUGACGCUGUCUGUAAAGUGGCUGGGAGAUAAAUAUGCAAGGUGCAGUCAUGCUGGUUAAGCUCCCAGCUGGUGGGCGAAGGGGGGAGGAGCCCUGCUUUUGCCAGGGAGCUUUGCUGUCAUCUGUCACAGGAGAUUGUCCCAGGGCCUACUCCUGCUGCUCCCCUUUCUUCCUUCUUAGGGCGUUACUGGCUCCUGUUCUGGCCCUGCUACACGGGGGCACUGUUUGACUGAAAUAGCUGUCACUCCAAACUGUGUUGCAGGCUGCCCUAGUUAACCCCAGAGGCUCAGUUUUGCAAAUCCAGGUCUCAGUGUGCAAGUGUCCUUGCCCUCAGCUGUGCCGCCGGGUGUUGUUACUGUCAGCGGCUUCUCUGGGCCAGAGUUGCUAUAGUGGGGGCCAUGAGCAUGACAAUUGCUUUCCAGGUUUUUAAUGCGUGCCACAUACAGAAGACCCCUGGUUGUAUGUUGGGAGCUCUGACAGGCCCAUGCUUUUGGCUGUAAGCAUUGUAGCAGCUGUGAUGAGGCCACUACUUCCUUGCCAGAGAGUUUGACCACAGAGAGUCGCCAAGAUAGCUGGGCCAGGAAGAAAACGUCGCACCCCUGACCCAGACUCCAUUACCGACCCCGGCGGGCCGUUUGUGUCCUCCAAACGGCUGAAAAUGUCCAGCAGCACCAAUGCCCCUGGCCAGAGGAGAGUGUCUCGGGGCUUGGAUGAUGCCACCAACAAGAAGAAGCAGAAGGAUCGAGCCAACCAGGAAAGCAAGGAAGUGUCUCACUCUGAGCUCGAGCAGGCUGAGACUGCCCAGGAGAAGGACUCAGAGGAGGAGCUGCUGCUGGACUGGAAACAGAAUGCUGAUGAGAUCAUCGUCAAGUUGAACUUGGGCAGUGGAGCUCUGAAGGUGGAGGAUGUACGUGCUGAUUUCACCGACACAGACUGUGUGGUCAAACUACCAGACGGGCGCCAGUGGAGCUGUCAGUUCUUUGAGGAGAUUGAGAGCUCCUGCAGCAAGAUCCAGUGCAAGAAAGGCAACUUUCUACAUCUUGUGCUUCAGAAGAAGAUCCCACUCCAUACCUGGUCUUCGCUUCUGAAAAGAAGAAAAGAUGGAUCCAAAGAGCUGGCUAAAGGGGCCACGUGCUGGGAGAAUGGGAAAGAGAAGGCUGCUUCUGCAGAGCUGAUCCCUGAAGAGCCGAGAGCUGAAGGCACAGAGCCACCGAGAUCCCGGCGGGAGCCCUCCAACCCCAAGCGUGCUCCGGGAAGAAACGAGGCCCUGGGAGGGAAAAGCCCAGCCAGCCCAGGGACACAGAGCGGCCCCAGCGCCAAGCGGGCAGUAUACCUCAAAGUGGCUCCCACAGAGGAGGAGCUGAAUGCCAGAGUCACCGGGAGCACAGAGCCCAGCAAAGGGCACAGCGGGAGGGCCGGCAGCCGCCGCAACGGCAAAACCAACCAGGUCGAUGCGCCCGCAGCCCUGGCAGACAUUGCACUGCCACUGGAAAAGGCUGCGGUUUUGGCCAAGGAGACCGUUCCAGUGGAGAUGCCGCCUCUUGCGGCUACCACAGAGGUGUUCCCCCACCAUGUUGCUACCUGUGUGGAGAAGAGAGUCCUGCAGCCAGGCAGCCCUGCUGAGCCCUUGCGGGGCCGGGACUGCACGCCUGUCCUGGGAGAGAGCUCUAAGGCUGUUCCAGUGGCCUCCCCUCCCCUGGGCAGAGAUGGUGAGAAGAGAGAUUGGUCCAAGGAUGAUGUGGCUCUGGAAGCAGCAGCUGAUGAGCCAGAGCCUUUUGUGAGCCUGAGCUUUGUCAAGAAUGACUCAUAUGAGAAGGGCAAUGAUCUGGUGGUGGUGCACGUCUAUGUGAAGGAGAUCCACAAGGAGACAUCCAAAGUGUUGUUCCGGGAACAAGACUUCACACUGGUGUUCCAGACGAGUGACACAAACUUCCUUCGUCUCCAUCCUGGCUGUGGGCCUCAUACGGUGUUCCGGUGGCAGGUGAAGCUCAGGAACCUUAUUGAGCCGGAUCAGUGCAUAUACAACUUCACGGUGUCUCGCAUCGAUGUCUGCCUGAAGAAACGCCAUAGCCAGCGCUGGGGGGGGCUGGAGGCUCCAGCCACACGAGUGGGUGGUGCAAAGGUUGCCAUGCCUACAGGCCCUACCCCUCUGGAUAAGAACCCUCCGGGCAGUAACCAACACCCCCUGUCCAGCAAGGAAGAGGCUCGAACCAGUGACAAAGAGAAGCCACGUGUGGAAGAUGGGGGUCUGGAUGGUGUGGCAGCCCGUACAGCCCCAGAGCAUGUGGCAGUGAAACAAGAGCCACACAUCCCAUCGCCUAAACCAACGUGCAUGGUGCCACCAAUGACACACAGCCCGGUGAGUGCUGAGAGCGUGGAGGAUGAUGAGGAUGAGGAUGAGAAGAAGAAGGUCUGCCUGCCUGGCUUCACAGGGCUGGUGAACCUGGGCAACACCUGCUUCAUGAACAGUGUCAUCCAGUCCCUGUCCAACACCCGGGAGCUGCGUGACUACUUCCAUGAUCGGUCCUUUGAGUCGGAAAUCAACUACAACAACCCUCUGGGGACGGGGGGACGCCUGGCUAUCGGCUUUGCCAUGCUGCUUCGGGCGCUGUGGAAGGGCACACACCAUGCUUUCCAGCCCUCUAAACUGAAGGCAAUUGUGGCCAGCAAGGCCAGCCAGUUCACUGGCUAUGCCCAGCAUGAUGCUCAGGAGUUCAUGGCCUUCCUGCUCGAUGGGCUGCACGAGGACCUCAACCGCAUCCAGAACAAGCCCUACACAGAGACUGUUGACUCGGAUGGGAGGCCUGAUGAGGUGGUAGCUGAGGAGGCUUGGCAGCGACACAAGAUGAGGAAUGACUCGUUUAUAGUAGACCUCUUCCAGGGCCAGUACAAAUCCAAACUGGUGUGCCCAGUAUGUUCCAAGGUGUCUAUCACUUUUGAUCCCUUCCUGUACCUCCCCGUGCCUCUCCCCCAGAAGCAAAAGGUGCUGACUGUCUACUACUUUGCAAAAGAGCCACACAAGAAGCCCAUCAAGUUCCUCGUGAGUAUCAGCAAGGAGAACUCCAGUGCCAUGGAGGUGCUCGAGUCAGUGGGCCACAGUGUGCAUGUGAAACCAGAGAACCUGCGCCUGGCAGAGGUGAUCAAGAAUCACUUCCACCGCAUGUUCCUGCCGUCCAACUCGCUAGACAUGGUUUUGCCGACAGACCUGCUGCUCUGCUUUGAGGUGCUGUCCCCAGAGCUGGCCAAGGAGCGGGUGGUGGAGCUCCAGGUCCAGCAGCGUCCACAGGUGCCCAGCGGCCCCGUCGCCAAGUGUGCGGCCUGCCAGAAGAAGCAGCUACCAGAGGAUGAGAAACUCAGGCGCUGCACGAGGUGCUAUCGAGUCGGUUACUGCAAUGUGGCAUGUCAGAAAACACACUGGCCAGACCACAAGGCUUCGUGCCGGCCCGAGAACAUCGGUUUCCCUUUCCUCAUCAGCGUGCCGGAGUCCCGCCUCACCUACGCCCGCCUGGCCCAGCUGCUGGAGGGCUAUGCAAGGUACUCAGUCAGUGUGUUCCAGCCUCCGUUCCAGCUGGGACGGAUGUCACCGGAGCAGGGGCUGCAGCCUCUGCACUCAGACAAGCUGGAGCCCCUGGCCAAGAGCAGCUGUGCAGCAGCCACCUCUGCCCCCGAGCUGGGGGAGGGGGACAGGGCUUCCAGCCUCCUGCAGGAGCCCCCACUCUCGCCAGCUGUGCCUGAGCUGCACCCGGAGAUGGGGGACACUGGCACUGUCCGAAGCAAGGUCCUGACAGCCAGGAGUUCCCUGAUGAGCUUGGAUUCGGGCUUCUCUGAGCACAUGGAGUCACAGGGUGACAGCUGUUGUGAGAAGGAGCCGUCCUAUGAGAGAGCCAUCAAGCCAGAAGCUGCCAUCCCUGGGUACCAACACACUCCAGACUCGCUGAGUGCCCGCGCCACACAGUUCUACAUCAAUAAGAUUGACGCUGCCAACCGAGAGUACAAGCUGGAAGAUAAAGGUGACACACCCCUGGAGCUGACAGACAACUGCUCCCUCGCCCUGGUGUGGAAGAACAAUGAGCGCCUGAAGGAGUUUGUGUUGGUGGAAUCCAAGGAGUUGGAGUGUGUGGAGGACCCAGGCUCAGCCAGCGAAGCAGCCCGGGCUGGUCACUUUACUCUGGAGCAGUGCCUCAAUCUCUUCACCAAGCCUGAAGUCCUGGCCCCAGAGGAAGCAUGGUACUGCCCCAAGUGCAAGCAGCACCGCGAGGCCUCCAAGCAGCUGAUGCUGUGGCGGCUGCCCAAUGUCCUCAUCAUCCAGCUCAAGCGCUUCUCCUUCCGCAGCUUUAUUUGGAGGGACAAGAUCAAUGACAUGGUGGACUUCCCUGUCCGGAGCCUGGACCUGAGCAAGUUCUGCAUCGGCCGGAAGGGCGAGCAGCAACUGCCCAUGUAUGACCUGUAUGCCGUGAUCAACCACUACGGAGGCAUGAUUGGGGGCCACUACACGGCGUACGCCCGCCUGCCCAACGACAAGAACAGCCAGCGCAGUGACGUAGGCUGGCGGCUCUUCGAUGACAGCACAGUCACCACUGUGGAUGAGAGCCAGGUGGUGACCAGAUACGCGUAUGUCCUCUUCUACCGCCGGAGGAACUCUCCUGUGGAGAGACCCCUGCCGGGGCACCCUUCAGACCACCGCACUGAGCGCACCCCGUCUGCCGAAGCUGCUGCCAGCCAGGCUUCUCUGAUCUGGCAGGAACUGGAGGCUGAAGAACAAGAGCUGCAGCUUGAGGCGCCCCAAAGGCCUGCAAGAAACUCCUGGAGGCCCCGUGGCCAGAAGCGGAGUCCGGGCACCCCUCAGCACCCUGACGAAGGCUGCGUCAGAUACUUUGUCCUGGCCACCACGGCCGCAAUCGUGGCUCUCUUCCUGAACGUCUUCUACCCGCUCAUUUACCAGCCCCGCUGGAGAUAGGCGCAGGCGCGUGGCCAGCUGCGCGAGCAGGGCCGCCAGGGCACGCGCCGUCCUAGGACGCUACGCGACCAAGACAUCGGGCAGCAGGACAGAAACCGCCGGGAAGGACUAGCCAAGGGAAGCAUGGGGCCGUCGGCUCCUGCCUGUCUGCUCUGGCAUCUUCUGUGCCAGCUGGCAGGGCUGUGUGGCCAGCCCGCUGCCUUGCCAAGGUGCAGCCCAGAACCAGGAGCUCCUCUGCCCUCCUUUACUGAGCGUGGGAUGGACCUCAUGGCUACCUGCUGCACAGGAAGGGACAUUGCUGCUGCAGCACAGCUGGGACCUGGGAGCCUCGUGGGCACAUCAGCUGUCUCUGCUUGGCUCCCAAGAAGGAAGCGAAGACCUGCGGGAGGCUGCAGCAAGGGCAGGAUGCCCUGACAUGGGUCCUGGCUGGCCGCCUCUCUCAACUGUGCUGCUGCAGGAGUCUUGAGUUCCCUCUGGGCUGGCGCAACCCGUGGCUCCUUGGCCAGCUCAGUCUGUCCUGCCAGCCUCCCACUGAGCCUUCUGGUGCCAGCUGCCUGUGCACCAGGAGUUGUGUGCACUGCACUCCUGUGCUGGGGCUGAAUGGGCUUGUCACUGAGGGCUUGUGUGCUUCCCUGCUCAGCCCCAGACAGCUGCUGGGGAGGGAGCCUGGCAAUCUGAACUAGGGUGCCCAUGGUGAGCACCUACCUCUCUGGGCUGUGGGCUCCCAUGAGUCCUUGGUGCUGUGGGCUGGCAGCAUUUGGGGAUGUUGGUCUCUUCCGGGGGAGUGCGAUGCAGCCCCUCAGUUGUGAGGGGACUGGCUGCCCAUGCUGCAGGAGAGGCGUGGGGUUGGGGAGCACAGGUAGGACCUUGGUGCGUUAAUAAAACCAGGUUUUGCAAAGA